AUGGUAAAAGCUCCACUAAUAGUGUUUCUAUAUUCAGUCAGAGUUACUGUGAAUUCAGCCAGGUUGUCUCAAACCCUCGUUUCCUGUGGGAUUUUCCAGUAUACUCUGGCCACAGAUGCCUUCCAGCUGGGAUACACAGAAGACGGACACUGUAAAGGUGAAGUGGAGCUCUCACUGCCCCCACCUCAGAGGCUUGUGUGGGACAUCCCAUCAGAGGUUCAGGCUCAGGUCUGCAGCUCCCUGGCUGUUGCCCAGACCUUGGCCGAUGAUGUGGACUGCCAUGUGUUUCCAUUCAAUGACUUUGGAAAGGGUCGGAUCAAGAAGUGCAGGAUCAGUCCCGAUGCUUUCAUACAGAUCAGCCUCCAGUUGGCGUACUACAGGGAUCGUGGUGGAUUCUGUCUGACGUACGAGGCAUCGAUGACCCGUUUGUUCAGGGAGGGCCGAACAGAGACUGUGAGAUCCUGCUCCAAUGAGAGCUGUGCCUUCAUCAAAGCUCUGGAGGGUGGAGAGAGGGAAGAAGAAUGUGGGCAUCUUUUCCGACGAGCCUCUGAGAAGCACCAGAACCUUUAUCGACUGGCCAUGACUGGAGCUGGGAUCGACAGACACCUCUUCUGCCUCUAUGUGGUCUCCAAAUACUUGGGGGUGGAGUCCCCUUUUCUCAAGGAGGGCAGCCCAGGAAGCGAAGACGCUCCUGGUAGAGUGAGCCUUCAAGCAGACCGGCAGGGGGCCGGGCCCUGCAGCAUAGGCGUGGCAGAUGACGUCCACGAUCCAGUGGGAGAGGCGCUGUUUGGAAAGAGGACAGCCUAA